CUCGCUCCGCCCCUCCAGGUGCGCGAGGCUGAAGCCGGCAAACAUGGUUGACGCUUGUUUUCUCGGCCAGGGUUUCGCUACCCUGGUGGGGUUAUUGCUCUUGCCCUUCGGCAGCUUGGCCGCUAGUCAGAUCGAGGAUCAAGCAGAACAGUUCUUUAGAAGUGGCCAUACGAACAACUGGGCGGUUUUGGUAUGUACAUCCCGAUUUUGGUUUAAUUAUCGACAUGUUGCAAAUACUCUUUCUGUUUAUAGAAGUGUCAAGAGGCUAGGUAUUCCUGACAGUCACAUUGUUCUGAUGCUUGCAGAUGAUAUGGCAUGCAACCCUAGAAAUCCUAAACCAGCUACAGUGUUUAGUCACAAGAAUAUGGAAUUAAAUGUGUAUGGAGAUGAUGUGGAAGUGGAUUAUAGAAGUUAUGAGGUAACAGUGGAAAAUUUUUUACGGGUAUUAACUGGGAGGAUUCCAUCUAGUACGCCUCGGUCAAAACGUCUUCUUUCUGAUGAUAGGAGUAAUAUUCUUAUUUAUAUGACAGGACAUGGUGGAAACGGUUUCUUGAAAUUUCAAGAUUCUGAAGAAAUUACCAACAUAGAACUUGCAGAUGCUUUUGAACAAAUGUGGCAGAAAAGACGCUACAAUGAGCUAUUGUUUAUUAUUGAUACUUGUCAAGGAGCAUCCAUGUAUGAGAGAUUUUAUUCUCCUAACAUAAUGGCUUUAGCUAGUAGCCAAGUGGGAGAAGAUUCACUCUCGCAUCAACCUGAUCCUGCAAUUGGAGUCCAUCUGAUGGAUAGAUACACAUUUUAUGUCUUAGAAUUUUUGGAGGAAAUUAAUCCAGCUAGCCAAACUAAUAUGAAUGAUCUUUUUCAGGUAUGCCCCAAAAGUCUAUGUGUGUCUACUCCUGGACAUCGCACUGAUCUUUUUCAGAGGGAUCCUAAAAAUGUCCUGAUAACUGAUUUCUUUGGAAGUGUACGGAAAGUGGAAAUUACAACAGAGACUAUUAGUUUGCAGCCAGAUUCAGGAAUCUUGGAAAGCAGCUAUAAGAAAGAACUGAUGGAUGAGGAACUAAUGGAACCUCUGAAAUAUGCUGAACAACUUCCUGUAGCUCAGAUAAUACACCAGAAACCAAAGCUGAAAGAUUGGCAUCCUCCUGGGGGUUUUAUUCUGGGACUGUGGGCACUCAUUAUCAUGGUUUUCUUCAAAACUUAUGGAAUCAAGCAUAUGAAGUUCAUUUUCUAGAUGCGAUGAUGUAUGAAGAACACUACAUGGAAGACUACAACCUUGGAUAAAAGUUCAUGUCAAUAUAUUUUUUAAAAUACAUUGCUCUUGUGUGAUUUGGCAGAAAGUAUAAGGAAGCUAAAUUUGAAAGAACUAUUGGUUUUAUAACUAAAGAAUAAUUGUUAAUGCAAGUGCUAAAUGACAUAUUUUUCAGUUUUUCAGUUUUUCAUUUUGUAUUAUUAAAAUAUUGGGACAAAGAGAUCA